UUGAUUAAGGAUGUUAGAGUUAUAGCGGAUGAGGCAGGGCUGUAUAUGCCGGAUGACAUUCCAGCAUUUGUGGAGAAGCACAAGAAGAGAACUACAAUCAAAGCAAGAGUUGCCAGGAGCGACCUGGUUGGCGGAAUGGUUGUUGUUGUUCUUGAAGGAGUGUAUGCAGCAAAGCGAGUGGUGUAUCUGAAGGGUCUUGAAAACAACCUUGCGCUUUGUGUGGGCCCUAGGUCGAUCAAUGGUGUUGGGUUGUUUAGGAUUGACGAGAGGUAUCUAUUUGCAACAUCCACGGUGCUGAAGAUUGAUGUUGAUGCAAAUAUUGAUUGUGAGAAUGUGUUCUUGGCUGAAAGAGACGUUUAUACUCUGCCUAGUGCAGGUGCAAGCUCAACAGAGGAGAAGAUCGACGAGCAGGUCAUGAGAGCAGUUAAAGAAGUUGAAUAUAUGAAGACCUAUCUUUCAGAGCAGUUUGAAAUUGAUGCAGCAAAGGACUUUUAUUCUCUGAAAUAUUAA